UUGAAAUAAUACAAAUAUUUCAUUUUAAUCAUAUUUGAUUUUAUUCAGAAAAAUAAUGGAGAAAUCAGUACAAGAUAUCAGUUUGAAUAACAAAGAGUCCCAUAAACAUCCCAAGAAAGAUAAACCUAGCAGUAGGUUAGAAGAAACAUACGAAGCUUACCAAAGCCUCGCCCAGUAUAAAGGAAAUAAGAUAGAUGAUGAUAUUUAUGAAGAUUUUGAGAACCCAAAUGGGCCUAGUAACCCAAAGUGGAAUAAUGUCUUUAAACAUCUGCUCAAUGAAGGCCAGCAAGAUCCUAAGUUAAAGUUCCUCUACAGCUCAAUUGCUGAUAAGAAGAAGAAAUCUAUAGUAAAAAUACCUCGAAGAAGGAGGACCAAAAUGAGCAAACUCAGUCAGAUGGGUAUAAACACCUCUCAGGAUUUCUACAAUAUGAGCCAGGGUGAUAAUGAGUUAUGCUCUGUAGCUUCUCUAUCCCCACAUAGAAUCCACCCAAAACAUAGAUUUUCGUCUAUUGAAAGCCAGAAGGGUGUAGGAUCCGCACUUGGAAAGUCUUUAUUCAAGAAAGAAAAUACAAGGAGUAAUAAGUCCCUUGGCUCAGGUAUCCGACUGCAUAUCCCAAAGCAGAGCGAUGAUAAGCUCUCCAUGCUGAAGAAUGAAGUCGUGGAAUUACAGAAAUCUCUGAAUAAGAAAAGCGGAUUCUUAAGCCAUAUUUUAAGAGGAGGAAAGGUAAUUUACCUCUAAAUUUCUUUAGAAAACCAGUGAGAGGUUUUUGUUGUAACUUUACAGGUGCAAUGUCUCUCGUUCCACUAAAGAAAUCUAGUGUGAAUAAUACCAAUGACCCAGCAGGAAAAAGUUCGGACAAUGGAGGGAACAAAACUGGGAAACAUGGGAUCUCUAGACUUUCUGCAAUUAUUAGGAGAGACCUAAUUCCUGCACAGAGGUUUAACAAAAGUGUCUUACAAAGAAACCAGGUAAAGAACAGGUGCUCAGAAGCAAAAGUUAGCAAAUAAAAAUAGUUUGAAAGAUAUUUCAAGAGAUAGCCCAAAUUUUGAAGUAAAAAAUAGUCGAGGGAAAGUAAAUCUUAAUGAAAGCCCAACAGGGAAGGAAUUUAAGAACCUUAUCACUUUUAAUGAACAGAAUGGCAAAAUGUCUAAUGAAUCAAGCGUCUCAGUACUGGAUGAUACUGAUAGCUCGGUUGAAGAGCUGAGAAUACCGAAGAAUAGUACAAGAAAUUGAGCAUCUAGCUUAGAACAUAAAAGCGUUUUAUUUAACAAUAGCUACCUUUCAUCAUCUGUGAAUCAUAACUUAAUUGGUGCUUCAGUCCUCAGCAAAUCAUCAGAAAGAAUAAAGAAGAUGAAAGUAGGAAUCAAACAUCUUUCCCCCUUACCAAGCCUAAAAUAAAUCAACUCUCCAAGACCCCAUAAACAAAGAAGAUUUUUACCUCAAACGUGAAAAAUUCCUCAUAAAACUGCUCAAAAAGUACAAAUAAACUAAUUUCAAAGGCACUUUUCUCUCUAACCUCAUAGAAACUCAAAACCUUAACCCCUGCCAGCCCACCUCCUUCCAGAUCCUCUCUUCUCUCCUUCUCAGCCGCCCUCAGCUCCCUUCUUAAGAAACUUGCAAAUGGUCAAUUCCACUCAAUUUCCCAGUCAAAAAUUAGUGGAACCCCACUAAGUAUGUGACCAAGCCUGGUCACAUACUUGAAGUUGGUCCUACUCUCGAAGAGCAAAUGAAAGUCAAAAAUUAUUAGCCUGAUUGAAUAUUUUGAGAAGAAAUUGAAGAAGGAAAAGAAAAUCAAAUUUGAUAAAAGACUCAAGGAAGCUAUAGUCCCAAAAGCUUCUCUUAAAUUUGCAAAAGUUGUAUAUUCCCCAAGGUAUCGAUCAAUUGAAGUGAAGCACAAGAGCUCUAAAAGAGUCAAGAAGGUAGUCACAAAAGUAAACCAGCGGUUGCAUCUUCCCAGGAUAAAAUAAAACCAAGCAUCUCU